UCAGCAAUGCUUUUAAACUCUACUGCUGGAUGAGACCUUUAAAAUGUUUUUCAUCUUCUUGCUGUAGCUUUGGGGUUCCGUUUUUUCUUUCUUUCUUUUUUUUUUUUUGAAAGAAAAAAUAUUUUGGUUAUCGCGCCAACUUAAUUUCUUCUCUUUUUUUGUUGUUUUAAUUUAUCCUUCAGUAUUUUCCCCUCCUCCUCUUCCCCGAUGAACCUCUUCUCGGUUUGCACUUUGCAUGAAAAAGACCAGAGGAAAGACAUCAUGAAGUGUUAAAAAAUAAUCACAAAGCCACCUUUGCAGCAGCAACAACAACUAACAAUUCCAGCUGCAGUUCGCCAAGCUGCAAAAGAGAGAACCAACCUUUAUGCAAAAGGCGAAUAGAAAGAGCAACCCGCUCUGAUGCAUCAUCAAUACUAUAGGCUCUGCAAAGGAUAAUAAAGAGAGAGAGAGAGGAAAAAAACAGUCGGUGCAAAUUGGAGCGAAGGUUGCAAGGGGCUGGUGGAGAGAGAGAAGGAAAAUAGAUAUUGCAAAUAAUCACGCUGGCUCACCCGGUUGCAACUCAGAGCAGUCCCCUCGCUCCUGGUGCGCACCCUUUCUGGAGGACUGUCAGCAGCAAAAGGAUGGCAUCAGAACUGGCAAUGAGCAACUCCGACCUGCCCACCAGUCCCCUGGCCAUGGAAUAUGUUAAUGACUUCGAUCUGAUGAAGUUUGAAGUGAAAAAGGAGCCGGUGGAGACCGAUCGCAUUAUCAGCCAGUGCGGCCGCUUGAUCGCUGGGGGAUCGCUCUCUUCCACCCCGAUGAGCACGCCCUGCAGCUCGGUGCCCCCUUCCCCGAGCUUCUCAGCGCCCAGCCCGGGCUCUGGCACGGACCAGAAGACCCACCUGGAAGAUUAUUACUGGAUGACCGGCUACCCGCAGCAGCUCAACCCAGAGGCGUUGGGAUUCAGCCCCGAAGACGCGGUGGAAGCGCUGAUCAACAGCAGCCACCACCAGCUCCAGAGCAGCUUCGAUGGCUAUGCUAGAGGGCAGCAGCUGGCCGCCGCGGCGGCCGGCACUGGGGGCUCCAUGCCCGGGGAAGAGAUGGGCUCUGCCGCCGCCGUGGUCUCCGCAGUGAUCGCUGCAGCCGCGGCUCAGAACGGGGCACCCCACUACCACCACCAUCACCACCCGGCUGGGCACCACCACCACCAGCAGCCGGGCAGCGUGCAGUCCAGCAGCAGUAGCAGCAGCAGCAGCAGCACCGGGGGAGGAGGUGGCGGAGGGGGUCUGCACCACCAGCACCACAGCAGCAGCCUGCAUUUCGACGACCGCUUCUCGGAUGAGCAGCUGGUGACCAUGUCGGUGAGGGAGCUGAACAGGCAGCUCCGAGGGGUGAGCAAGGAAGAGGUGAUCCGGCUGAAACAGAAGAGGAGGACCCUCAAAAACAGAGGCUAUGCCCAGUCCUGUCGCUUCAAGCGGGUCCAGCAAAGGCACGUCCUGGAGUCAGAGAAGAACCAGCUGCUGCAGCAAGUAGAGCACCUAAAACAAGAGAUCUCCAGGCUGGUCCGGGAGAGGGACGCCUACAAGGAAAAAUAUGAGAAGCUGGUCAGCAAUGGCUUCAGAGAAAACGGAUCCAGCAGCGACAACCCUUCCUCUCCAGAGUUUUUCAUGUACCCAAGAGAAUCUUCUACAUCGGUGAUGUGAAAAUGCCUGUUGCCUGAAGUAAAAAAAAAAAAAGAAAAGAAAAAUGAUGCUGGAAUGCUGAUGGCUUAAGACAACUUUUUGGCAUGAAGACAGCUACAAAGCACAAAAAACAAAAUAUGAACUCAGAAAGAAACAGCAUUUUCAUGGCAUCGACAAGAAGCUCUUUAUUUUUCCUCAAGUUUUCUUUUCUAAAAAAAAAAUGGAACUAAAACAUUUGCAGAAACAAGACAAACUUUCUCUUCAGGUGACAAUAUUCAAGCAUGUUCUUUUACUAAAUUUAAAUUGAAAGAAAAAAAGAAAUUUUGAACAGGAUGCAGUAUCUGGAGAACUGUGAACCUUCAAAGACAACAAAACAAACUCUUUAAAACUGUGAACCAAGAAAUGGAAGGAACAACUUUUAAACCCCUGAUUACACCCUGUGUGUUAAGGAGACAACAUCAUCUUUUCCUAAAGCAACAAUAUUUAGGGAAUGGUUUGCAACGUACCCUUUAUUAUAAUCUUUUAAGGAAAACCUGCAUAUUUAAUGAUUAGCAGUGGAGUAAAUCUGACUUCACCAUUUCUGUUCAAAUGUCUUCUUGCACCUUCCUUUUCUAGACAGCACAGUUAUAUUUGCAGCCAGCGGCCAAGGGCAGGGAAGCUUGCUUUCUUUAUUACUAUUAAUUUUGUUUUUUAUUUGCCACACCCAAUAAAAACUUAGUAGGGAAAAGAAUAAACAGCUCUAUCAUCUCCUGAUCAGUGCAUAAGGCCUAACAGCAAAUAAUUACCACAGUAUAGAGGAAAUCCCAUGUUAUUUUUGGGCUAUCCAUGUAGCCAUUAAUCAAAGCAUCAAGAAAUAUAUUCUGCAUUGCUCUUCUAAAAUAACUCAAAAGAUGCCUCCUUGAAUUACACUCUGAACGGGCUAUAACCAAAAGAAAGAGAACCAAGACUAACUAAACCCCAGAAAGCAAUAUUGUCCCUUUAACCCACAGUAUUCCCCACUUCCCAUUAGUACUUAGCAUUUUUCACUACGUUGUGACUGAUAUUAUUUCAUUUAACACUAGCUAAUCUGUAUCUGAGGUAUAUGGAAACCCUCGAGAUGAUAAGAUUGGAAAGGCUCCAGAGUUGGCAGUUUUCUAGUGUGCACAUACUCUGUGUGUUUUGAUCCUUACAAAAGCUCCCUGUUAUUUGGACUGCCUGCCAAUUCGUUCUUGGAUCAGUCUCUCGCUUAGCUCCCACAAGGCUGCAGCCGUCACUUCAUUCUGGGCCUCUUGUGAUGGCAAACAGCGACAGCAGUUGUUGAAGUACAUUCCUCCCAGGCCCUCCAGCUCUGGAGCGGUGGCACAGUAGACAGUUGUGGCAGCUCCUUGUUGCUAGAAUUAAAAAAAAAAA